GCAGGCAGACAAAGAGACAAGACAUGUGAGUGAAAAUGAGUUCUUUGAACUAUGAUAUUAAUAUAAAAAUGAUGACUGUUUUGAUUCCUGGACUCUGUGUUUAAAUGCGCAGCACAUCUGAUAUUAGAUGAACCACUGCUUCACCAGAAACAUCAUUUUUGUCCCCACAAUCACUCAUAGUUUGUUUGCUGCAUGCUCAUUCCCUUCACUAUAUCACAUGACUGACAAGUGUCGACACUGUUAAAAAAAAGCCAAUUAUUGAGUCAAUAAUCAAAAGAAAGCCUCUAAUAAUUUAUUAAGAGGCGCAUUUUUAUCUGUGAAUAAGUUUGAAGUAAAUCAGCACUGAUAAUCACUCACCUUGACUUGUUUAUUGUGUGUUGAAGAACAUUGGAGUUUGUGUGGUUGACGUCAGGGCGUUACGUUUUAAAUUGCGUCGUGCGUCACUUUGCGUCAGGAACUACUUCCUGCGGUCACAGUGAGGUAGGCUGCAUACAUAAACAGUGCAUGUCAGGGGGGGAAAGUGGUUGUACAGUAACAGCCAGGGUUGGUGUGUGGCUCCAGAUCUGUUUGUUCUCUAACCGCAUGAUUAACCUUGGCCUGCAGCUCGAUUAUUUUUUGGUUUUCUAUUGUUUUUUCACCAUGUUUGCUCGGGCAGGAUGUCUCCACAGGCUGGCAUGGACCGGCUGCCGAAGGUCACUCCCGCUAGCUUGACUACUAUCGUCGUUAAACGAGCUUGUUUUAUAAAAUCAGUCAGAGAUCAUUUUAGAAAUACUAACACCCACAGACAAGUUCCGUCAGCGUUUAAAACAUGUACCUGGGCUUGGGAUUGUUUGGUGCUAAGAAAUGUAGUGAUCUGCCAUUAGAUUUCACUCAGUGCCGCGUGCUCAUUCAGGCUUGCCAGAUAGAACAAAAUCUCGUACAAAAUACUUACGGAUCAAUGUAAAAUCCAUUUUAAGUGUCUUAAAUGUAAAAAAAUCAUGUCAAUCAUAGCCAUUUCAUAUUAUUAUCCCCACAAGAUAAAUUCGGCGUUGAUGUUAUUCAAGAAUAAUAUUUUGUUUUAUAGAAAUUUUAAUCUUUAUUGUUGGAAAGCUCGUAAUAGCCGGUGUUAGAUAACGUAACCCACAUGCUAUAUUUCACGAGAAAAGUGACGAGUAAUUGACACAGGAACUGGUAGUUGUAAGAACCGAAGUUAUUCAGAGCUUUUUCUUAACAAUCGACAAACAUUUCACACUUUUUUUCCCCCUCGAAGUAUCCAGUUGAAAUAUUUUGUAAAUAUCAUAGGUUUGUUUUUGUUUCAUUGAAGCUUUGUUUUAAUCAGGUUAAACUUAUUUUUUUCGUGAUGAUAGUUUGGGUGGUUUAGUUUUAAUUUUUGUUUUUCUUUUGACUUAAACCUAAUGCGAUUUAAAAAGCAGUUUUUAGUAAAAAAAAAAAAAAAAAGUAUACUACUCAUUAGUUUACAUUUACAAUAAUAUGUCUGAAAUAAACAGACAAAAAUGACAGCUCAAAACGUAAUUGUAUUCUGUUUUUCACACAAUACAGUUUCAGUCAAUUAUACUUUUUUGUUAAACCUUUACUUAAAAGAUCAUUUAGUUGAUCUUGUUUUUAGUUAUGUUUUUUUAUUGUAAUAGGCUUUUAUUGUCACGUCAUUGUGCUGUCUUAAAACAACAGGAAGUAUAAAUAGCGUUUUCUCCCACCAACACACAACCUGAGCUGAUCACCAGUGACUGCGGAAGGGCAUUUGUACUAGUAAUCCUGGAUUACUUAGCACAUGGACCUCACUCCAUUGUAGAUCAGGUGUUACCGCUAGAAAACACAAUUUCAGACUUGGCACAAAAGGAAGAAAUAGAUCUGUAACAAUGGAUAUUUGUAGUGUGAGACUCCUUCUGUUACAUGUUAUGCUAAUAAUUAUAAGUCUUAAAUUUGUCGCUUCCAGAAACGUCCUUCCGUUUUUAAGGUUGUUACAUGACUGUGGACGGUUGUGAUAAUCCCUGCAGUGUACAUCUCUUAAACUCCAGCAGAUUUUAACCUUUUAAAAUUAGUCAGUUUGUCUUAAGAGGCGAGUUUUUGACAUUUUUUGCUUUGUUGUUUCAGAAUGGGAAAUUUUACAUCCUCGACAUCUGCGGGUCUGUCCGGCACAUCAUGUGUACAGUAUGUUCAGGUACGUACCUUCUUUAAAUUUCGGGACACUAAUGCUCUUUAGGUCCCUCUCUUAGCUUAGACUGAGCAGUUUCUAAUAGAGGGUAAAUGCAGCACAGUCCAGACUUCACUCAUGGACUAAAAAUUAACCAUAAAAAAUGCUGUAAAAAGGCGAAGUCAAGGUUCGUCUCACCUUACAUCAGAAACACACUUUAGCCCUGUCACAUGCAGCCCUUUUUUUUCAAAGCUGUGUACUGAUGCUUACAUAAAUCAGAUUUAUCUUGAUCUUUCAGGACAUGGUGUCUCAGAACUGCGUGGUGAUAUUUUCUAAGACCACCUGUCCUUAUUGCAAAAUGGCCAAGAAUGUCUUCAAUGAAAUUGGGGCGACCUACAAAGUUGUCGAGCUGGACGAGCACAAUGAUGGGAGGAGACUGCAAGAGGCCUUGGCUCAGAUGACGGGGGCCAGGACGGUGAGAGUCUGCUGUUAUAUUUUGGGAUAAAGAGUUUAGAGUUCAGUGUCUUUUUGAAAGGACUUUAAAUGUGCAUAUUUGACAGAUUUUUUUUCUGCAUCAGUUUUUUUUCCCCUUUAACAAACAGACAAAAGAGAUGAGCAAAUCACAAACUGAAGGACACAAUAGUUAAAAAAAAAAACAUGUAAACACAAUUUCAUCAUUAUUUUAAUAUCUAGCAGCAUUCAUGUCACAUCAGUCAGCAAUCGAAAAAAUAAUAGAGAUGUCUUAAAACAAGCUUUUGCAGUUUUAUGGCUGGAUGUAAAGGUAGGUAGAGAGUUGCUGUUUGCAGAUGUUAAAGGUUCACAACUGUUGAACCUGCAUUCUUUUCAAUGGCCAGCAGGGGGCGACUGUUUCAGCUGCACAAGUUGCUCCAAUUAUGAGAAAUCAAAGUUGGAAGAUGUCAGGGGUUCAACUUCCAGAUGAUCAGUGACAAAGCAGAGUAUUUUAAAGCUGUGACCAUCUGUGAAUCUGUUACAAUAGAAAUAUGGGAAUACUUAUCCACCCUGACCCUCAAAUACUCUUUUCAAAGAAUGACUCCUCUGAUGAAGGAAUUUAUUUUGAUAUAUAAAAAAAUUGUCUUCCAGACUUUUUCACACGGUGCUCAUGUUCUGAUGUGACUCCUUUUUUCAGGUGCCAAGAGUCUUCAUUAACGGGAACUGCAUAGGAGGCGGCUCGGACACCAAGCAGCUCCAUCAGCAGGGGAAGCUGCUGCCCCUGAUCGAACAGUGCACCCCCUGCUGUGCUGGGAGCGGCUCUGAGGGCUCUGGCAGCGGACAGUCGGAGUCCUCUAAAUGACUAACCGUUCUCGUCGUUUUUAUCAAUCCGUUAUUUAUCAAAUGUAUUUACGAUUUUACUCUCCAGCUUUUACACAUCUUCAGUUUAACUUUAUUUAUUACUCAAACAGCGUUGGACACUUGAUGUUUGGAUCAACAUAUCUCAUAGAUGAUGUACAGAACUGUUAUUAAAGUCUCACUCAUGUACUUUUUGAAAUAUUUUGUUGAACUGUUUUACAUGAUACCGUCUGUCAGCAUUAUUGUGUCAUGACAUUUCAACAGUUACCUCUUUUAAGACGUAAAAGACUGAAGAUUUUUAUACAAGCACGCUUUAUGGUGCUGCUUAUGUGAAUAUUACAUCGUAUUAAGAAGUUUGCUCGGACUCUUAAUUUAAAAGUGGAGAUAUUUUUUUAAUGUGCUUUUAUUUUCACACGGUGGACUUUUUGUCAGAUUGUAACAAGUUAUUUGUCUCCACUUUUCUCCAGUAUUACUCAGCUUAUUGUUGUCGAAUAGAUGACAUUUAUGUGUUAUGAUGCUGAUUAGGGUCAUUAGUCUGUUUAUGAACCGGUAUUUGUAUUAAAACCACAGACACUCUUGUUUUCUUGAUGCCUUGAAUGUAAAUUUGCAAUUAUUAAACAUGAAUGAAGGACGAAUAACAACUUG